ACCCGCCAAUCGAGCAAAAAGCACAACUGCGAUCGGCGGUCGCCUCAACAUGAAGCCCCCAUUGUCCCCUUCGGGGUGACAUACGAAAAAAUUGGAACGAUACAGAGAAGAUUAGCAUGGCCCCUGCACAAGGAUGACACGCUUUCCCGGAGUGGUAGACCUACGGGUCUCAAUAUUUUUUAUGCGUUU